AUGGCCAUCGCGGUGAAGAAUUUCUAUAACAGUGAAAAAAUCUAAAAUAUCGAAAAAUUCUUACAUUUUAGAUGGCAGUGUUUAUUGGUCAAGUUUGCAUAAUCUAAAGUUAUCGUAUAAAGCCUCACAUUUGGAAUCACUCAACGUUUCUGCAGUUAGGAAUGUCUAUAAUCAUAAAGGGACAGUACAAUACAAAGUAAGUCUGAAUUUCAAUUGUAGCAAAUUUAUAUAUAACAAUAUAUAUAAAUUAAAGUGAAUGAGACAACACAUUUGUCAUCUUCAAACCUGGUUAUAAUCUCAUAAUGACAGGAUAGACUUGUCAACAGUCACAAAAGAAGGCGAUAUCCAAUCGUCUCAAGUUCAAAUGUUUCUGCGGGCACGUGCAAACCGAAUGAAAGACUAACUGACCAAUCAUAUGUCAACAACGAACACGCAGAGCAAAUAUCAAUAUGAUAAGGGCUUUCACUUUGACAAAUAUCCAGACAAUGAACAAUGUCUUGUUACCGAGAAAGAAAAUUUUCACUGACACACCCACCCACCCGUUCAUGUUCCUUGUGUCAGUGACUGGUCUUGUGCACUAUAUAUGCGUACUAACUAAUGUUAUGAGACGACUAUUCAAAAACAAUAUUCAAGAAGGACUGUCGAACAAUUUUCUCAUUGAACAUUAUAAUUGGUUUAUGUUGAAACAAAUAAAUUUUGGUUCGGGGCUGAAGUGUUCCCAAUAGUCAAUUUUAGGCCCAUAGACUCAGGUUAUUUAACGUAUAAGUAUAAUCAGUCGAAUCGUAGGUAUACUGUCCAAGGGGAUUAUCACCCCUUGGUUCAGGUCUAUGUCAGAAGGGGUCGUUACCAGUCUGGCAGGGCCCUAUCGGGGAUUAUAUUCCCUCGGGCAUUCAGUCUCUCCUAGCGGAUCUUAUAUUAUACCCCUGCGGGUUGAAAACAAGAGUCUUUGGGUUGACCAGGGUUUAAGAGUAUAAUGGAUAUAAUUGGUUCACUUCAUCCUGAUCCCAUUCCCCCACAAUAAUUUGUGUUUUACUUAUUUUCGGGCUGUUCUUUCGCGUAUAACGUGCUUGAAUCAUUAAUGGUAAUUAUGGGGAUUUUCAUACAGUAAUGUCUUUCAGUAGUAAAAAGAGUUCACAUCACCAAAUAGAGAAGAGGGUUGGGCGAACUCAAGAUCAGGGCUGAUCUGACUGGAAACCUGAUACCAAAGGGUCUGGAAUUUUCAUCUAUUUGAGAAUGUAUCUUAAAAUCACUCGUUUCUGUUAAUGAUUAGGUAAUCGGUAGAUCUCAUUCUUUCUGGUUCAUAGUGAAUAUCAAAAUCGUGUGAACUUUUACCCUUUUGUCUUCUAUGUGGAAGAAAGUGAUGCCGUUGAAGUCAAACUUCUGACUGACAUGCAAAGAACUAUAUGUUUGAAAAAAUCAAAACACAAAAUAAAUUCAAGAGUAGUUCAGCGGCCCCAACGACUCAACAUGCAGAGACAGCAUUAGGCUUAAUACUACGCCUAUUCUAGCGUUGUAUAUAGUAUAUCUUGAAAUACUCUUUAAUAAAACAUGAAGCAACCGCGAAAGAAUGUUCAGUCAAUCAGUUAUUUUAAUUUUCUCAGCAAUUUUCUAACUAGUUUAACUACAGUAGUUGGAGGAAAUGAUUAUCUAGGCGUUGCACUUGUAUUUAGUCUAUUUAAAUGAUAUUGAUUCAAUAUAGAACAUGCAGCUGCGGACUGAGAGAGACAGAACUACCUGAAUAUACAUAAGCAUGCAGAACGUCAACGUUUCGAGCGAAGGCCCGUCAUUGGGAAGUUAUAGCAUGCAGCUGUCAUGACUUAGGCAUGCAGCUGUCAUGACUUAGGCACUUAUGUACCGACAAUAUAGAACAUUCGCAUCUGAUCUGCAUGUGAUUAGUACGGUCCAGUUUGGGCUUGCUUUGUAAAUCAGAUAGAGAUCAGCUGGACAUCCCAUAUUUAGUAUAUUUAUUAAUAGUUUAUACUCCUGUAAGAUAUAACAAAAUGUUUCUAAUGUUAUACUCGUUUUUUAUCCCCUAGUUCAGUCUAAAAGAUAGUGAUCUGACAAAGAUAAAAACUGCGCCUGGUAUUGACCUUCGUCCUGUACAAUUUCAGGUCCAGGUAAAUUGGAAUUUUUUUCAAUGCAAGUUGAACAAUUAUACUAUAUUGUCUAUAAUCUUUGUCUUUGUCUUAGUCUGUAGUCUAUAGUCUUUGUAUACAAUGCAAAAAAUUUUGACGUAAAACUACUUGAGUAAAAUAAUGCACCCCCAUUUUCUGAUUAAAGAAAAUCUUUACUCAAAACAUUGAAUAAAUCUGAAACUUUAAUAACUUAAAAAUUGAGUAAAUUUGCUCAUCAAUUUGAGUAAUUUUUUAGUCAAAUUGAAUAGCCAACAUACAAUUUUUAUAUAUAGCCAUGGCAAGCUGACGAGACUUGCUUUGUCAGAAAUACAGGAAAAGGCGUUUUACGGGUAAGAAAAUUGGUAUUACCGUUUUGUUAUCAGUUCUAUGUGUGGCGAUAACUUUAAUUUAUCUAACUUGACUGAGAUGAGAGAUCCCAUUCACCUAGCGCAAGGUGAGAUCUCACACACAAUGAUAUUAACACACAAUGAUAUUUUGAACAGCCCCUCAUACUCAUUUCUUCAUUUUAGGGCACCCAGUCAAUGACAGUCCUUCUGGGUUGUCCACCAAGCAUGAAAAUCGAAUUCGAUCCAGAGGCAUCCGUAAAUACAUCAGGAAAGAACCAGUUUUGCAACAAAAAAUACGGAAUCGCUUGCUUCCUAUAUGAACAUAGUAAGUUCAAAUGCUAAAAUUGUUUUGAACUUGAUGUAUCCACCUUUCACGGGUAGCUUGUGAGAGUGAUUAUAGAGAGUGAUUAACGGCCGUUGACAAGCAUUUUGAAAAGGAUUGUCGACUCCCAUUUUGCAAAUGGCAGGAAAAUUGAUUGAAAAUAGACAAGAAAUCAAUGCAAAAAUCGAAGAAGGUACUUUUUCCGUGAGAUGUCCAGGUUAAACCAAAGUGUAUAGCUGUUUGUAAAUUAUUAUUGAGAAUUUGUUUCUGUGCAAAAAAUAUUCUGUAAAAUAUUCUAAAAACCAAAGCGAUAGCGUUUAUAAAGCGUUUAUGACGAUACCUUCACAAGAAAAACAGCGAUUGAAAACCCAGGUAAACGUUGCUUUUAUAUUAAAGUGUCUUACUAGGAAAUGUUGAUCACUCCUGACAGCAUAAUUUUACGACAUUUUGGGAAGCUAACGAUAGCCUAUAGACUUUAAAUAUUUUUUAAAUGUAGUUUACACUAUAAACUACAUUUUUUUGCUAUUUUAUAUAAUUAUAAACAUGGUCUUGGGGAAAGAUUUAUUUAAAGAGUUGUUUUAUAAUGCAUAAUUAUUUCAUUUUCAAACUUUCGCCAGUGGUGGGUCAAUAUCAGUGCUUAUAAUUAUUUCAGCAUUCCAUCCAGUAUUCAACAUUGUGGAUGAAUCAACAGGCAGUAUGACGAGAUUCACGGAGAAAUAUCACCUCGCAAUAAUUGGUGGAGGAAAAGAUAUCUAUUCUAUUGAAGAAUACACUGAGAGUGAUGUAGCGCUGUUUAACUACCAAACACACGGGUAUAUAUGCAUUAGACGUUAACGCUCAACUCAUCAAUGAGCAAGACUCUAGUAAAAGUAAAACGGCUGGUGUUAGACAGAUUAAAUGGUAAAGUAGGGUGCUUUUGGACACAUUGCAGCUUAAUAGUUAACAAGGCAUAUUGGUAGAUACUUUGGUUAACACGUUGAUGCGCUAGACUCUCGAUGCCCUUGAAGUGUUAGUCAUCUGGCUAGACAGAGUAAAGUAAUAAAGCAGAGUUCAUUUGGACACAUCGCAGAUCAAUGGGUUAAACUGCUAUCAAAAUUAGUAUUAAAGAAUUUGUUCUUGUUUUCAUCAGAAAAUAUAAGGUCUGCAUAUAAUACUCUGCAGUACAUAACGACGCAACCAAUUACGAUUUCACUCUCAAACUAGAAAGAGUAUAGAAAGCACUAGGAGACUGCAUACCUCCGCCAGCGAAUUAAGUUAUGCAUCAAUGCAUAAAUUUUACAACGAGCUAAUUAUACGAAUUCAGUUUACUCUACCAGGCAAGGCAAGGCAAUACAAGCUUUUGCUAAUUUCAAAAUUCUCAUCCAAUUUCCAUCCAAAUGUAACCAAAAUGUAAUCAAUAUGUCCUACGCCUUGGACAUGCAAUGUCCAUUAGUUCCACAAAUUUUCAUGUUAACAGACACACGAUUACGCACAGACACACUUUCAAAGCGGAGGAAAACAUUACCACCUGGUAGAGGUAGCCUAAUAGUAAUUUUAGUAAUUUUUAUUUAUACACGAAAUUCAUUUGCUUCUCAGAUCUACUUCAACCCUUAUAUGGACUCCAAAAGCGAAGAAUUUGGGCUCAAUUCCUUCUUUUAAUAUAUCUAAUAAUGGACUCCAGUAAGUAAAGCCUAAUCGUAAUUAAACCAUGCAUAGCCAGGCACUUUGAUAUAGUAUACAACCCACAUACCCGUAUAUCUAAUAAUGUAUGAAGAAAGUACAAAACAAAUUAAUGCUAGCUUAACCGAUGUCUGUAAAUUCGAUAUUUUUGGAUUAAAGCCACUGUUACACGAUACCGGAUCGCUUUGUCAAGACAUCGAAUUUAACGAUUUCAGAAAUUACUUAACACUUAAAAUUGCCAAAAAUAAUAAUGACAAACUAAAACGAAAACUGGAAAAUUUUGUGUGCAGUUCUGAACGGCAUAUGACACAGGCAAUAUAUAUAGACCCGCAACUACAUGGAAACUAGGCUCCCUCUUGAAUUAUAUUUCCUUUUCAGAUGGUUAUGUGGUAGGAAAAGUCCAUGUUCAGAGAUAUCACCCGUGUUUCCACAUUCACCUGAAUUUUACUUCAAACUAGAGUUUUCUACCAGGUACUUAGUUCUUGCUUACUACAAGGUAAAAACCUCACAACUUAUCAACAGGAUGUGUUCGCAACAGGCUUGUGGCAAACUUCUUGACAAGUUGUCAUUUUAUCAAGUUGACUCAUGCAGAACUUGUUAACAAGUUGUAGAAUUGCAAUUGAGUAAACUGCAUUGUAGCAAGUUGUCGACAAGUCGUUCAUAUCUGGUCAACAACCUGGAAAAAAACAGUGCCGGUGCGAACCGAUCCUGAUGACAAGUUGUAGAAACAGCAUUUGUACAAGUCUGCUACAUGCAGGUGCGUGCCAAAUUGUGCGUUCUUAUAUGUGUACUUAAGAGUUGUGAGGUUAUAGGUUGUUCUCAUCACUUGUUAUAACUCCAUAUCUUCUAAAAAUAUUUCAGGGACACGGAGGAUGACAAUUUGAAUUGCGACUUGACGGCUCAAUUUAUAAUACGAAUUCACGGACUUCCUUUGGGUUCCCUGUAUCCUGCUACUGUCAUUGUAGCGGUAGGUCAUGCCUACUUGUCUUACGCUGUGUCUGUUUGUUUUUCUGUCUGUCUGUUUAAUGGCUGUCACUGGGAAAAAAUAGUGAAAAAAUGGAAUUUGCGAUUGAAUCACUAAAUCUAUAGUAUAUCCAUACUAUUUCCAUACUAUAUCCAAAGUAUGGAAAUUGCAAUUAGUAUGAAAAUUGGAUUUCCAUACUAUUUUCAACUAAGAUGGUAAGUAUUUUGAAAAAAAGAUUUCAGUGUGUCUCUAUAUUUAUCUUGUAUUUCAAAUAAUUUAAAGAUCUCUCGUACAACAAUUGCCGACAAAUUAUCUUGGACCGCACUACAAUCACGUGCAAAAAUUAUUGAGACAACAGCACAAUUUCCCCCUUCCCGAGGAUCAGCUAAAAAAAUUUCAACAUUGUUUACGGGGGGAGGGGAGUAAGAACCUAAAAAAGUUGAUAAAAGUUUUUAAAGUCUCGUUACUUUUGCACUUGAUCGUAGGAUCUCACCAAAACCAUUUCUAAUGACACCACUUUUGUACUUCUGAUGUUAUCAUAAAUUGUAAUGACGCUAACCAGAGCGAUAUGGAUUAAUUUGUCCUGGAUCUUUUUCAGAUAUCAGACACAAACCACAGCAACUUAUUUUAUUUUAUGACUUAUUUUUCAGACAUGCAUGGCGUUCAUUACGGCCUAUGUGUUCACGAUGUAUGCGUUUAAACGAAACAAUCACAAAUUAUGGAACUUAACACGUGAUUUUGUCCAUACUAAAAAGAUGAUGGGUGAAAUUUGGAUACGUCAAAAAAUAGGAAGAGCAAAAGUUGAGCCUGCAAUCGAAACAUCUGUUGAGGACUGCGGUAAGUUUAUCGAAAGUAUAUGGGAUAUAGAUUCAUGUCUCGCUGUUUCUGAAUUAUAGGAUUAGCGUCAGCAUAUUCAUAAACAGGGAGGCCGGCAUGCAUGAAUGUUUAACCAUGCACAGUAUGCAGUUGAAUGCAGCUGCACAGGAUUUAAUUCACAAGGAUUGUCGCGGACACAAGGGAGAACCAGGAGCCAACCGCCUCACCACCCAUUAAGUUCUAGUGAAACCCUUUCAAUUAUAUCUGAAUAACUGUGUAACAGAGCUAUAACAUUUCUUCAACCAUGAAACCAUUGGUAUAGGCUAUAUGUACUACUUCAAAUUUAAGACAAAAACUUUAAAGAAAUAUGAUUUCAAGCUACAAAAGGCAGUCAUAUGUUGGUAACCUAAUGCAUCCCCAGUAUUUUGCAAAGUGUCCACAACUGGACAAGGAUAUACUAUUCGGCAAGGAAAUCAGUCGGGAAAAGACACGGCAUGCAUACAUUGGGACAUUUUGUGUAAUUACAUGUUUAAAGUGCCGAUCGAUAACACCAAGUGUUUCCCUUGGAAUGUAUAUUUGGCAUGGGGUCUAAAAGGAACCUCUAAAAUAGAUUGUUAUAGACAUUUUAUUUAUUCCUCUUUCAAAGAUACUGAUGGUAGAAAAGGAGUGUUGUAAGAUAAACAAUGAAAAGUUUUCUCUUCAUCGUAAGUUCAGAAAGUCACGUAUUUAUGUUAUAUACUGUUGAAUAUUUUCGUAUUCAACUUGUUACAAUGUUGACCUUAUCAUAAUAUUUAAUUUAUUAUCAACUUUACACGGUAGAUACUAUAAAUUCCACUUUUUUGAAUAAAAAUGUUCGAAACGUUUCCUACAGGUUCGAACAUUGUAUUGGUAUAAGUUCUUGGAUUUCUAAGUGAUUUAAAUUAACAAUCUAUUUUUUUUUUCAUUUUUGAGAUAUUCACUUUGUUUCAUAUCUAAGUUAGAUAAUUCGUCAUUGGCAGAGUAAUAAUUGCCGAUAUUAAUCAUAUAGACGAUCUCUCUAUUUCAUAUGCUCAUCAUUACACCUUUAUUCUACAAAUUGUCUGAAUAUUUUGAUUUUGCGAAGUUUUCAUGAUGUUAAUGCCUCAAUUCGGUUAGUUAAUAUUUAAGAGAGCUAUAUAUGAGACAGUAAAGCACACACAAUGUUGUGGGAGAAGGGUUGUUGGGGAGAAAUGCUCCGAAUAUAUACUUUCAACUGGUCAAAGUGUCACCCCACAGACUCACAGUUACUCUAAUUAAUGCCCUCGGGGGUCUGGGUCCCCAUAUUGGGCUGUCCUCAGGGGGUCUGGGUCCCCAUGUUGGACUCUAGUGUAAUUAAUGCCCUCAGGGGGUUUUGGUCCCCAUGUUGGGCAAUCCUCAGGGGGUUUGGGUCCCCAUGUUGGACUCUAGUGUAAUUACUGCCCUCAGGGGGUUUGGGUCCCCAUGUUGGGCGGUCCUCAGGGGGUUUGGGUCCCCAUGUUGGACUCUAAUGCAAUUGAUGCCCUCAGGGGGUCUGGGUCCCCAUGUUGGGCAUGAUAUACUUCAAUCUAACAUUUUUAAUGUAUGGUACAUCGAUUUGUGAGUCUAUGGGAUGAGGGUGACCUAUGGGAGCACUCCAUCCCCAAAACCAAAAUUUUUUAUUUUCAAAGACCUUCCACAUAUUUUACAAGUAGUAACUAUUCUACUGUUCAGUAAACGCUGCGAGCAUUGCAGUCCAUGCUAGUCUGUCUUGAUAAUGACCCAUGCAAUAUAACAACAGGCUAUAAUACAGUUUUUUUUUUUCUUUUGUUUUUUUUUUUUUUUGGUUUUUUUCCUACUAAGCUAUGAUAAAGUGGUGCAACAUCAUUGACGGGUGGGGUGGGUGGAAUUUAAGCAAUUUUUUCGCUGUGAAGUGUCCUUCACUUUGGCUCACCGGCAACACAAUGAAGCCUGUAGCCCAGGCAGGAAGCAUAAGCAAACAAAACAGUUGGACCUGAUUGGUCUAUUUUUCCACAUGCAUGGGAAGAAGUGUUUGACAGUGGUUCAUUGUUAUUUACCGAGUGCUUUGCACGUGAGUGAUCACGCGUUUUAAGACUGACCUUUGUGCCUAACCUGGUCAAAUCAAAGGACUUUGCACAACUUUGGUUAUAUCCGAACGCUUGUUUCAUUAACUUAAGUUUAUAAUGCCUAUGGGCACGUAUAAACUUGCUUUAAUGCCUCAAUUCGGUUAGUUAAUAUUUAAGAGAGCUAUAUAUGAGACAGUAAAGCACACACAAUGUUGUGGGAGAAGGGUUGUUGGGGAGAAAUGCUCCGAAUAUAUACUUUCAACUGGUCAAAGUGUCGCCCCACAGACUCACAGUUACUCUAAUUAAUGCCCUCGGGGGUCUGGGUCCCCAUAUUGGGCUGUCCUCAGGGGGUCUGGGUCCCCAUGUUGGACUCUAGUGUAAUUAAUGCCCUCAGGGGGUUUUGGUCCCCAUGUUGGGCAAUCCUCAGGGGGUUUGGGUCCCCAUGUUGGACUCUAGUGUAAUUACUGCCCUCAGGGGGUUUGGGUCCCCAUGUUGGGCGGUCCUCAGGGGGUUUGGGUCCCCAUGUUGGACUCUAAUGCAAUUAAUGCCCUCAGGGGGUCUGGGUCCCCAUGUUGGGCAUGAUAUACUUCAAUCUAACAUUUUUAAUGUAUGGUACAUCGAUUUGUGAGUCUAUGGGAUGAGGGUGACCUAUGGGAGCACUCCAUCCCCACAAAUGAGCAGCAUGCACAUUCCCCAUAGACGAACUCCCUCCCCCUGAAAUUUUUUGAGAUAAAUUUUAAAUAUUGGCGAGUGUGGCUGAGACAUUCAACAGUGUUGACGAAGGAAGUUGUAUAUAUCGUUCAUAACAGUCUGAGGACCACCGACCCAAAGUUUUUAUGAGCCAGGAAGGUAAUUUCGCUGUGGCUGCCGUAGUUGCAGCACCGAUUCUGUAGCUAUGACCGGCAAAGUUUGAAGCGUUGAAUCCGGCUUGACUGAGUAAUUUUCUUGUUUCAAGUGUUAGGGCCUGUUUUGUAAGUGGUUUACCCGCAGAAUUUACAAACAGAGGCCCUGCUUUUGGCUGCCUUCUGGCUAAAUACUGUUUCAUGGCCAAUACUGGGCAGAGAGGUGUGUGUGUUCCUCCAAUACUUAUGGUAUGUCCCACCCGAAAGGGGUCAGUUUUGGAUUCUUUUAUCCGUAUGGACAUAGCAGUGGUUGGUUGUAGGUCGUUGGAAAAAACAACGUCUUCAGGCAUGAGGUGCGAAUCUGAAUUGAAUUUUGAGUUACAAGUUAACUCUCCAAGCCGCAGAAAGCCAAAAAAUGCCAAUGUUAUGGCAGCCCAAACCAUAAUUGAGUCGAAAUGUGUUGUGACAGGUAUUGCCAGCAUCAUGUGAAAAAGUUUUAAAUGAUGGAUUGUUAUUGGAAGGCGCACUCUUUUCUCAUCGCCUUGGGAACGUUUUAUACCCCGAAGAACCAGCUGGAGACGUGACAUCUUUUGACAAUCCAACGGAAAACCAUUUCGUAUGUGAAAAUGACGAACCGCUGCAAGAUAGUUUUUUAUAGAUGUGUGUUUGAUGGUUUUGGCUAAAUAGGCUGAAAAUUGCACGAGUGUUUCUUCACUUGCUGGUAGAAAGUGCUUUCCUUCAUGGGGUCGAUAUAAUUUUACAAAAGCAAUAAACCGUUUCUCACCAGCGCUGUAUGUCUGUUUGGUUGAGGCGGCCACAGACAAAUCAAUGUAAUAUUCUAUGUCAUUCUUUAGAUUUUCAACAGAAGGACUGGAAUUUUUUGAGGGUUGACAUCUGCUUGAGGCAUUAGGAGUCGAAACCUUUGAAACUGGAAACGAGAAAGGGAAUCAGCAAUCUCAUUAUACUUUCCCGGUAUGUGUUUGGCCCGAAGGUAUAUAUUGUACUUUAAGGUCAACAGUGUGAGAUGACGGAGAAGAUCCAUUACCCGGGAAAUUCGCGAUCGUUUGGAAUUAAUAAUGUUGACAACUGAUUCAUUAUCACAGUUCAGGAUUAUCCUUCUGUUUUGAAGGGCUUCCCCCCAUAUGUGACAUGCAACUACUAUGGCAAACAAUUCUUGCCAAGCAAUACUAAUCUCGGGCUGUCCUAAUUGUUGAUGAGGUUCCCAUUUUCCUUGAAACCAUUUCCCCCCGAAAAUCCCCCGUAGCCCAACACCCCCGAUGCAUCAGUGUGGAGCUGAAGGCAUUCAGAGUUUUCCCAUGAAGAAGACAAGAAAAAACUGGCACCAUUCCAGUUAACGAUAAACUGUUUCCACAUCUCGAGAUCCUUAAAAAAGCCUGCACUAAGCUUUAU